AUGAACUCUUUUCUUCGCCAUUCCCUCCCCAAGUUCGCCGCCGAAAACCCCCAGAUUGAGAUUCGCAUCUCCCCCCGACCACACAAGCACCCGGUUGUCAGGGGUUACUACAUAAAUGGCCGCGAGAAGGUUAUUUGUGUACGAAAUCUUGAGAAAGACCAGAUCCUUAAGAAAGCAAACAUCUUAAAAAAUGCCAGUGGAGAGAAACUCAAACUAGUCCGGCAGGCUGUUGCUAGUAUGAACCAAAGCAUCCGUGGUAUCUGGGAUCCUUAUCACGGGGAUAUUAAAAAAGUAUGA